AUAAAGCCGGACCUCGAGAUGAUGCAGCCAGGGGCCGUUCUACUGUUCAUACUUCUCCCCCUCAUAAGCGGGGAUGUGAGUCACCUGUCCAAGGAUUACAUACCGCCCAGGGCGGAACAAGAUGCACCAUCCACACGGUCCGAUGAUGAUGGUCAGGAGAUCCAAAAGGAUCCAUCUGGAUUCUAUCCAUCGAAUGGGUUGCCCCUGCCGCCAGGUUACGCCAUUCCCACAGGCAGUAAUGUUCCACCACCGCCUGUCCAGCCGCCAAACUUCCCCCUGCCCAUCUACCCACCGUUCUUUGGGUUCGGUGGAGGUCCUGGCGAACAGGGAGUGGGUCCAGGAAUCGGUCCAGUGCCCUCGGCCUAUCCCAAUGGAGGAACCUUCCCGGUGGGUCCACCGAAUGCGGCCUACCAAUUGCCUCCGGGUGCAGCUUAUCCCAACGGUGGAGCCUCAUUUGGACCUCAGGGACCAGGUUUUCCUCCACAAGGAGCUGGUUUUCCUCCACAGGGAACCGGUUUUGCCCCACAGGGAGGAGGUUUCCAGCCGCAGGGAGGUUUUCCCCCACAAGGACCACCCUUCUCACCACAGCCAGGACCUUUUGGACCUCAGGGACCUCCCUUCGGAAAUGCUUUCCCUGGAGCUGGCUUUCCACCACCGCAGGGAGGAUCAUUCCCACCACAAGGAGGACCCUUCCCACCGCCAGGAACUCCAUACCCACCUGAAUUCCUGACCAACCAGGGACUUCCCUCGCCCAAUCCCCAAGGUCCCUUCCAGGGACUCUAUCCCAAUGGGUUUAAUGUACCCGUGGGCUUCGGCGGACCUGUGCCCGGUCAGAAUCCAUAUCAGCAGUUUGGCCCCGGAUUCGGAGGACCCGCUCCGCCGGGCUACUCCGAUGAGGCGGCAAAGGAGCAGUCCAAGGAGGGCGAAAGGAAAGUAGUGGCGCCUCCGCUGGCAGAUGAUCCCAAAAGCGGGGCGGACACCGUCUAUGCAACAAAUGGCGGCUAUGUCUACCAGAGGGCCAAGUAA